CCAGAAUCCUCCGCGCCGCUGGACGGGAAGGUGACAGGAGACGGCGAAAAUGGCAGCCUAUCUCACUCACCAGCAGAAAGUGCUGCGGUUGUACAAGAGAUCACUGAGACACCUCGAGUCCUGGUGCAUUUUUAGAGAAAGAUACCGCUUCUAUGCCUGCUUAAUGCGGGCUCGCUUUGAGGAACACAAGAAUGAGAAGGACAUGGUGAAGGCCACCAUGUUGCUGAAGCUGGGUGAAGAAGAGUUCUGGGAUGACCAGCAUUCCCAGCCCUACAUCUUCCCUGACUCUCCUGGAGGGACUUCCUAUGAGAGAUAUGAUUGCUACAAGGCCGACGAAUGGGUGCUGGAUACCUGGCACCCCUCAGAAAAGGCCAUGUACCCUGACUACUUCUCCAAGAGGGAGCAGUGGAAGAAACUGAGAAUGGAGAGCUGGGAUAAAGAGGUCGCCCAGCUGGAGGCUGAGACUCCACCUGAUGGCCCCAAGACCGAAGACCUUCCUCCUGCCCGCAAGGAGGGCGACCUCCCCCCUCUGUGGUGGAAGUUCGUCACCCGCGCCAGGGAGCGCCCCGUAUAAACACCUGUCCUUUCCUGGGGUUUGGUGAUUCCCAGAGCCUGAGGGUAAACUGUCUCGACCACAGCAGCAGUAUGACCUCUGUCCUCUUAUUACCCCCUGUCUGUGCAGCCUGGAUUCACAUUGACUCUUCAGAUUUAGUUGAGUGACUUUGAGAAGUCAUGUAUAUGUACCACUUACUUCCUGUAAGUGUUCUAAUAAAUACAUGUGUGAUAAAAA